ACUGAAAAGACUGACAGUCGCGUCCUGUCAGCACUUUCUAUUUUCUUUUCUUUUCUUUCUUACUGGUUACACCAAACCAAACAAGCCUCUCAACGCCUCCGCGACACGCCCGCCUUCACCGCCACCUCCACCGACGCCAUUACCACAACCACCGCCACUACCACCAUUGUGCACUGUUUGGAAAUGGACGAUCCACCAUUGAAAUUGGAUGAAAGUUUGCAUGGAGAUUACAAUCAUUUUGUUUUGCUCACCAAGGAUACGAAACCUAUAUGCCGAGCGCAGUGCUUAAAUCCACCUGUUAAACUGCCUCAAAGUUGGAACUUACAUGAAAUUAUUCCCAAAGUUGAGGCUAAGAUCCCUGAUGAUUUACCUCAUUGCUUCCUACGGCCUGCUCCUGAGUGCAGUCGUGACAAACAUGAGUGGCAUAGAUUUUUGUCUUAUCUUCAGAAGCGAAACAUGGUUGGAAUAGCAAGAUUUGACUUCUGCAAUUUCUAUGUACUUCCUCCUGCUGAAGCUGACAACUUCAGUGAUGUUAGAGUUGCAUAUCAGAGAAUAUCCGAUAAUUAUGUUCAUCAAAAGCAUUGUGAAUCAGUUGUCGAUAGGAUUGAAGCAUGUCAAUUUGCUGGGGGUAACUUGGAUCCAAUUGAGACUUGUGGCAAUAGCAGCACCAUGUCUCCUCGCAAUGUUGAGAAGUGUACUUCCAGGAAAGGUGUGCAAAUGAAGACAACAGAUCCGGGUAUUGCUGAAGAUAAUGCUACAUCUUAUCUCAGGCUUCCACAGUCAGUUGAUGAUCACCUUCAUCAUGAGACAACAGUAAAACAUCGGGCUCAUGCAGUUAAACUGAACAAGCCAUUGAUGAAAAAUUACGUGCGGGCAGACCCAAGCUAUCUACAAACUCUUGGUCACGCGCAUUCGGGCUGGAUAUUUGGUGCAAUCGCUGAGCUUGUUGAUAAUUCUAGGGAUGCCAAAGCAAGCAGGUUGGAUAUUUCUAUUGAAACAGUAUUUUCAAAAAGAUCUGGCAAAAAGAUCCCCAUGUUAUCAAUUAUAGAUGAUGGUCAUGGGAUGACCCAUCAGGAGGUCAUGAGAAUGACAUGUUUUGGCCACAAGCAGCCUGAUGCAGAUGAUAUAGAUCGCAUAGGAAGAUUUGGUGUUGGAUUUAAGACUGGAGCGAUGAAGCUUGGUAAUGAUGCUCUUGUCCUUACUCAGACUAGUAAUUCCAGAUCUAUAGCCUUUCUCUCACAAUCCUUAAAUGAAGGAAAAGAUAAUCUAGAGAUUCCCAUUGUAAGCUACCUUAGAAAAGGACAACUUAUGGAGGUCGAUACGGAUAUCCAAUCUGAAGCUUUAGCAAAGUGCAACCUGAAAUCCAUUAAGGAAUUUUCACAUUUUGAUAAGUAUCUGAUUGGUGAAAAAGCAGGCAAGUUCCUUGACAACUGCACCGGAACACAAAUAUACAUAUGGAACUUGGAUGAAUGGGGCUCAGAUUACUGUCUGGAUUGGACCACUGGACUGAAUGGUGGAAGCACCUUUCACCAAGGUGACAUCCUUAUCCGUUCAAAAAGGGUCAGAUCUCGUCCUGGCCAGAUGACUCAAAAGGUGCCCUUAGAUUAUUCACUCAGAUCUUAUCUGGAAGUCAUCUUUUCAGUUCCACGAAUGAGAAUUUAUGUUCAAGGUUCCUUGGUUAAAAGUCGACCAUUGGCAAAAUCCUUAAAUAUGACUUGUGAAGCGACAGAUUAUAUCCUGGGAAAACCUGUUCAUUUAACGCUCGGUCGUAGUCAAUUAGAGUACGAACAAGCAAACUGUGGGAUAUUUUUAUAUUGGCAUGGCCGCUUAAUUGAGGCUUACAAAAGAGCUGGUGGCAUGGUGCAUGGAGAGGCGGGACGAGGCGUGAUUGGUGUCAUAGAUGUUACUGAUCUAAUGGAUAAUGGGACUGGACGUGUUUGGGUACAUAGUAACAAGCAAGGUUUUCAGGAUUGCGAGCCAUAUGUUCUACUGGAGAAUUGGCUAGGGAAAAAGGUUGAUGAAUAUUGUGAUAAAAAUUUGGAUCCGGUGCAGCUGAAAAAAUGCGGUGUCCUGUACAAGCCUGAUCAUGAGUGGGUUCAGUGUGACAAGUGUAGAAAGUGGAGGAUGUUGAGACCUGAAUAUGAUAUCAAGGAUUUACCUCUAGAAUGGUUUUGUUAUAUGGAACCUUUCAAAGGAUCAUGUGAAACACUUGAGCAAAAGGUUGAACGCGGGGUGAUUACAGUGUCCACAAAACGGUCUGGAUAUGAUAGAGAAGAUACCGAAGAUGAUGCGAUAAUUACAUCUGAAGGAAAUAGUGAUGAAGAUAAUGAGCAGAAAAAGAAGAUUGUGAAGCAAGGGUUAAAGAGGAAUAGAAAGGGACAUCCUAGAGCUUGUAAGAAGGUAUAGAUUAAUUGAAGGAUAUGAAUUGCAAAUUUUAAACUUUUUGUUGCAUUUGUAAAUAGGGAAGAUUACUUAAACAACUCUUCAAAAGUAGCUAUGCAUCCAUUUACCAAAAACAGAUGGCAUAUAUCACUAAUUAAAUGCUUCCAACAGAUGAAGGCUUCAUAUCAUUUGGCAAAGGUAAAUAUUAAAAGAACAACAUUGUUAA